AAAACAAUAUAAGUGAUCAAACAUCCAAUUCAAAAAUAACAGGAAUUAAUAUUAUCGUACACAAUACUCAAGGUAUAAAUGUUAUAACAAAACUACAACUUUGGCUAGACUCAUGUGCAGAAACAG